UACAGUGUCUAUAAAAAGUGUUCACCCCUUCCAAGUUUUCUUGUUUUACAACAUUGAAUCACAGUGGAUUUGACUUAUUUGACACUCAACAGAAAAAGACGUGUGUCAAAGUGAAAACAGAUCUCGAUAAAGUGAUCUAAAUUAAUUACAAAUAUAAAACACAAAAUGAUUGAUUUAAUAAGUAUUCUUAUUUCCCCCCCCCCCCCUUUAAUAUGCCACAUCAAGUCAUCACUGGUGCAACCAACUGGUUUUAGAAGUCAACUGAAGAUCCAUUUUUGGAGAUCUGUGUGCAGUCAGGGUGUUUCAAUUGAUUUUAGUACAAAAAUCCCAACUGCUGGUGAGUCAGUAUUCUGGCAAAAACACCAUGAGGACAAAAGAACACUCCAAGCAACUCCAAAAAGAUUAUUGAAAAGCACAAGUCAGAAGAUGGAUACAAGAAAAUUUCCAGGUCUCUGAAUAUCCUUUGGAAUACAGUUAAGUCAAUCAUCAAGAAUAUGGCGCAACUGUAAAUCUGCCUAGAGCAGGCUGACCUCAAAAACUGAGUGGCCAUGCAAGAAGGGGACUAGUGAGGGAGGCCACCAGGAGAUCUAUGACAACCUUGGAGGAGUUACAAGCUUCAGUGGUUGAGAUAGGAGAGACUGCGUAUACAAGCGUUGCCUGGCUGCUUCACCAGUUGCAGCUUUAUAGGAGAGAAGCAAAGAGAAAGUCACUUCAAAAAAAAAGAAACUUGUAUGAAAUUUCAGCUAGAGUUUGCCAGAAGUCAUGUAGGAGACUCUGAAACCAACUGGAAGAAGAUUCUACAGUCUGAUGAAACCAAAACUGAGCUUUUUGCCCAUCAGACUAAAUGCUAUGUUUGGCAUAAGGCAAACACCGCACAUCUACCGUGAAGCGUGGUAGUGGCUGCAUCAUGCUGUGGGGAUGCUUCACUGUAGCAGGCUCUGGAAGGCUUGUGAAGGUAGAGGGUAAAAUGAAUGUAGCAAAAUUGAGAGAAAUCCUGGAGGAAAACCUGAUGCAGUCUGCAAGAGAAUUGCAACUUGGGAGGUUUGUUUCCAGGAAGACAAUGGCCCCAAGGACAAAGCCAAAGCUACACAGGAAUGGCUUAAAAACAACAAAGUUAAUGUCUUAGAAUGGCCAAGUCCGGACUUCCAUCCAGUUUUGAAAAUUUGUGGCUAGACUUGAAACAGGGCUGUUCAGUCAUAAUCCCCAUGCUAUCUGACAGAGCUUGAGCAGUUUUGUAAAGAAGAAUGGGGGAAAUUUUACAGUGUCCAGAUGUGCAAAUAGUGUCCAGAUAGAGACUUAUCCACACAGACUCAAGGCUGUACUUGUUGCCAAAGGUGCAUUAAUUAAAUAGAGACUUGGAGGGGGUGAAUGCUUAUGCAAUUACAGUAAUUGUUUUUUUAUUUGUGAAUAAUUUAGAUCACUUUGUAGAGAUCUGUUUUCACUUUGACAGGAACGUUGUUUUCCCCGGUUGAUCAGUGUCAAAAAAGCCAAAUUAAAUCCACUCUGAUUCAAUGUUGUGCAACAAUAAAACAAAAGAACUUCCAUAGAGGAUGGAUAUCCUUUAUAGGCACUGUAAUUAAUAUCUACUUAGAAGUCACUUCUCACCUUUUUCCUCCAGUCUUAUUGAAGGGUCUCAGCCCAAAAUGCAACUAAUCUUUUUUCAUAGAUGCUGCCUGACCUGCUGAGUUCCUCCAGCAUUUUGUGGUUGGAUUUCCAGCAUCUGCAGAUAUUCUCUUGUUUGUGUAUAACUUUUUUUCUGAUUGGCAAGAUAUAUCAAGUGCCUUGCCCCAGGAUUGUGCUUCAAUAUUUAGCAACUAAUACACCAAGUGAAGACACUGAAGAUAUGGUUACUAACAAAAACAGGUGUGUGUGUGUGAGGAGUACAUAGACAUUAAAUGUGUUCAAUGAACUGGCCAAAGUAACAUAAUAAGCACUAAUUACAGCACAACACAAUAGCAGUAUUUGACCUGUACCUGCUUGGAUAUCAUAAUAUUUAUUAGUCUUCUCUCCCCCAACCAAAACUCCUGAGAAAACUGAAAACAUAAACAUCCAGGCUAAUUUUGACAACAAUCUACACACUUCCAACUUACCUAGACAAUUGAAAUUAAUUAAGGAAAUUGGUGUUGGCAAGUAGUGUUUGCCUAAGCCAAAACUGGCCCAACUUGUGCUUUAAAGGAGUUUAGAGUGUCAGCAUCAGCCACCAUUUGUUCCAAGGAUACAUAUUACCCACUGCUGAUGUCAUUACCUUUUUUUCAAUGUGCAACAUCAAAGUGCACUGUGAUCCGAAGGCUAGGGUUUUACACUGCAACAAAUUAAAUGCAAAUUAUAUUCUUGGCACAUCAUUCAAAUUCUAAGGUUGCUGUAGCUCACCAACAUUUAUUAGAUACUAGAUAUGUUGCAAGUUUAUACUUUAUGAAAUUAUCUUUGAAAGAGUUGUGUGUCCUUAAAUUGAUUAAUGUAUUGAUUGGAGCCAGUUGCCGUGCCAUGGUUCUGUCUGCGUGCAUGACAGCAAGCAGUUGCUGGAAUAAAGGCGAAACAAAACAUAAAAGCGAAGACUGGCCACUACUGAAAAGCAUAACAAACAUCACAAAUCAGUGAUUUUGAGCCACUCAAUUAUAAAACACAUGGCAGCCAACUUGCACAGCUGUUAUCAAAAACUUUUGAUAUUAAAGAAAAUGAGUAUUGUUGGUAUUACUGCCUGGACACAUCCCACAUUUUUGGACUUCUAGAAGGUCAACAGCUGAGCUUCAAACAGUGUAGCUUUGUUCUUAAGGAGCAGAUUGUAGUGAAAGAGAUUCACUUAUCAUCACAGCCUCAGCCUCAGCCACAUCUGCUGCUGAAAACCCAGUUUAAUGUGUUCCUGGUAGAGUAUUAAUAUACCUGGUUUUCUAAAAGGUUAAAAUUGAGUCAAAACUGAUAAAGCUAUGGCUAUAAUUCAAGAAAGAAUUGGGUGAAUCUUGUUACAAAGCUGAUCUACAGUUCUAAUCAGUAAUCUGAAAAGGCAAAGUGACAGGAACAUGGGUUCAGUUCUUGUUUUCUAUACAGUUGCCUGCUUUUCAAAUGUCGCAUCAGUGGAUAUCCUAGUAACACCUUCAACACAAUGUCCACAAGAGUUGAAUGAAUCUGUUACAAAAGAUGUGUCUAUCCUGAACCUCAGUGGCCUCGGGUUUAGAAGAUGCUACCCGGACUGCCUGAGGUACUACAGCCAGCUACAGGUCUUACUUCUUAACACUUCCAACUUAGAUACUUUGGAUGAUACAACAUUUUUGAACAUACCUAGUAUUAAACAGCUCUAUCUACAAGAUAACAGGUUAAGAGAGUUUCCAUCCAAACCAAUGGUUCCUCUCACUCAGCUUCAAGUCCUAUAUAUCAAUAACAAUUACAUCAAAGAAAUUAAGUCAGAUGCCUUUCAGGACUUGAAGGAGCUCAGACAGCUUCACUUGGGUCCCCAGGUGCAGUUUCAAAGCUUUGAAUAUCAAGCCCUUCUCCCUCUGAAAAAAGUUAAGGUGCUGGUUCUCAAGGGCCUCAACCUCACCUUUGUACCUGUCAUUAAUCAAAUGCAGCUGCUUCAGGAUCUGGACUUAUCUGAUAAUAAGAUCGAUAGAGUAUUAUCACAGUACUUUUAUAAUCUCACCAAACUCCAGAUGCUGCAAUUGGCAGGCUGUAGGAUCACAUUUAUAAGUAAAUCAGCUUUCAGUUCUCAGAAGAACCUAAGGCUGUUGGACCUAUCCAGGAAUGGCCUCAUAACCCUAUCCAAAGAAACACUCAGUCCUGUUAUUCAGUCAGCAGGUGGUGCUGUGGUCAUACUAUUGGCCCAGAACCCAUUUCACUGUGACGCCAGCAUGUGCCCGAUGAAGAAGUGGUUGGAUACUGUAAAGUUGCACAUACAGCUGGACAUGAUGUGUAGUAGCCCUGAGUCUCUCAGAGGACACUGGAUGACCCAACUACCACUUACAAAAUUUAAUUGUGUAAAAGAGCCUAAUUUUGCACUUCUACCCAAAGCUUCACACGUAAACAAAACUGCUAUAGCACAAUCAUUUCUCGGGAAAGGAACCACUGGCAUCGUAAUAGUUUCUGCAGCUGUAACUUCCCUACUCCUCAUCUCCAUAAUAUACAUAGCUUCAGCAAAAUUAAUUCAAUGGUCAUUUCUCAUGAAGCACUGUGCUUGUCGCAGUGCAGAAUCCACUCCGCAAGGUAAAGAAGAGACUGCCACAAACAGCAUUCGUUCAUAAGCCUGAUGCAAUUAAUUGAACACCUACUGAUGCAAGUCCAAUCUACCAUUACAAAAAAAAAGGCAAAUGAUCGCAAUGCUUAGUGAUUUUUGACUCUUGUUCACACAACUGCAUCCAACAGUGAAUAAAGAUUUGGAAGUGGAAAAACUUACAUCAUAUAUGCCCAUUGGCAAAAACAUCCAAUUGCUUUUCUCCAGUAAGAAAUUUUUACCCCUUUCGUCACCCAGCGGAUCGACUGAUUACCUGAAAAAUUCUUCCCAUUGAUUUCCAUUGCUUCAAAACAUAAGGAAACUAUUCAAAUUGAAGAACUUUCAAACUUGGUACACAGAUUUUAGAUCCAUUUUCAGAAAUAUUUUUACUUCUAAAAUGCCUUCAGCAAUCUGGGUUAUGACAGUUAAUAGAACAUAAAACAUAGAAUAGUACAGCACACUACAGGCCCUUUGGCCCACAAUGUUGUGCCGACCCUCAAACCCUGCCUCCCAUAUUCCCCCCCCCCCCACCUUAAAUUCCUGUCUAGUAGUCUCUUAAACUUCACUAGUGUAUCUGCCUCCACCACUGACUCAGGCAGUCCAUUCAACACACCAACCACUCUCUAAGUGGAAAAACGUUCCUCUAAUAUCCUCCUUGAACUUCCCUCCCCUUACCUUAAAGCCAUGUCCUCUUGUACUGAGUAGUGAUGCCUUGGGGAAGAGGUGCUGGCUAUCCACUCCAUCUAUUCCUCUUAAUAUCUUGUACACCUCUAUCAUGUCUCCUCUCAUCCUCCUCCUCUCCAAAGAGUAAAGCCCUAGCUCCCUUAAUCUCUGAUCAUAAUCCAUACUCUCUAAACCAGGCAGCAUUCUGGUAAAUCUCCUCUGUACCCUUUCCAAUGCUUCCACAUCCUUCCUAUAGUGAGGCGACCAGAACUGGACGCAGUACUCCAAGUGUGGCCUAACCAGAGUUUUAUAGAGCUGCAUCAUUACAUUGCAUCUCUUAAACUCUAUCCCUUGACUUCUGAAAGCUAACACCCCAUAAGCUUUCUUAACUACCCUAUCUACCUGUGAGGCAACUUUCAGGGAUCUGUGGCCAUGUACCUCCAGAUCCCUCUGCUCCUCCACACUACCAAGUAUCCUGCCAUUUACUUUGUACUCUGCCUUGGAGUUUGUCCUUUCAAAGUGUACUGUCUCACACUUCUCCGGGUUGAACUCCAUCUGCCACUUCUCAGCCCACUUCUGCAUCCUAUCAAUGUCUCUCUGCAAUCUUUGACAAUCCUCUACACAUCUACAACACCACCCUUUGUGUCAUCUGCAAACUUGCCAACCCACCCUUCUAUCCCCACAUCCAGGUCGUUAAUAAAAAUCACAAAAAGUAGAGGUCUCAGAACAGAUCCUUGUGGGACACCACUAGUCACAACCCUCCAAUCUAAAUGUACUCCCUCCAGCACGACCCUCUGCCUUCUGCAGGCAAGCCAAUUCUGAAUCCAUUUGGCCAAACUUCCCUGGAUUCCAUGCCUUCUGACUUUCUGAAUAAGCCUACCAUGUGGAACCUUGGCAAAUGCCUUACUAAAAUCCAUAUAGCUCACAUCCACUGCACUACCCUCAUCUAUAUGCCGGGUCACCUCCUCAAAGAACUCUAUCAGGCUUGUUAGACAUGAUCUGCCCUUCACAGUCAUGCUGACUGUCCCUGAUCAGACCAUGAUUCUCUAAAUGCCCAUAGAUCCUAUCUCUAAGAAUCUUUUCCAACAGCUUUCCCACCACAGUUGACACAGAAAUAAAAAAAUUGUAACUACUUAACACCUAUGGUGAGGGAUAAACAGUGUUAUAGUUUUAGGUCAUGAGCUUUUACCAUUUCUUCCUGCACUGAUGCUGCCUGAGCUGUUUAGAAUUUCCAGCACUUUUUAAAUUUCACAUUUCCAACAUCUGCAGAUUUAGUUUUUCGCACAUUGGCAUUUGAAUUGCCUAAAAUGCUCUUCUAAACCUGGGCUUUGAUAAUAUCGGUCGCAUCCUUAAGAUACAUACCAAAGAUAAUUCUGAUUAUGUUUAGUAUUGGUUUGGGAAUUUUUUAUUUGGUCCAAAUUAAACAGGAUUCCAAUCCAUUAAACUCAGCUGGGAUGAAGGAUGGUGUAGUGAUAAUGUGGAAAGUAAUCAAGCUGCAAGAAGGUGAAGAUUGUACCAAAUAUUAGUAAUCUUACUUCUUCAAUAAUUUUCUGAUGUUGCAAUAGUUUCAAACCCCAUUCCUGAAUAUUAUAAACUUACUUUGUUCCCACAUUUUCCAAUAUAACGAUCACUACAAUUAAAAGUACUUCACUAUCUGUAAAGUGAAUCACAUUUCCCAAAUAUGACAACACAAAAGUUUGCAUUUAUAUAUGGAAUGUAGUAUAUUCUCGAUUGAAUCUCAGAACAUCACAAAUGACACAUCUCUAUGAUCUUUAUCUGAAGUGAAUCUUACAUAGAAUACUGGAAGAACUCUUUCCUCUUCUUAAACUUCACUCCAUGAAUAUCUGAAGUCCACCUUUAUCCAGAGGUACUUGCAAUGGAGCCCAGCUAAUUUCAACCAGUAACAUAAAUUCAAUAGCCUUUAUGCCGAGCGCUACCAGGUGAAAACAAUAUGAUGAAAACUGUCUAGUCAAAAUCUAAUGGUAGAGCCACUUAUUUUAAAUUAGUCUAUUUCUCCUUUAUAACAAAAAAAGACUAGCUCAGAAGAAAACAAAAGAACAAAGCAACGUAUUCAUAUGCACAGGAUUUGUUAGAGCUAUCUUCUUGCAAUUUAAAGUAUCUAUUUUGCUGAGUGAGGUAUUUACAUUCCAUUUACUGGUAAGAAGCAGAG